UAAAGACAUCACCCAUCUUUAUAAUCACAGAUAUGGGUUUUUGAAUUUGAAGUUUUGUUGGAAGUUGGAACAAAGGAAAUAAAAAAUUAAAGACCAGAGGACUUAAAGAAAGUCAACGACCAAAGGUUUUAGUAAGUCUAAGUCUCUCUGAAUCAAAACAUUCAUCACAAUCAUUAAUCAGAAGAAGAAGAUGGUACAGGUGAUUCCCACACAUAUCAAAGAUGUCUGGGACGAAUGGAACAUCAGAGGAAUUGUGAUUCUCAGUCUCACGAUACAGACAAUACUCAUCAUCUUAGCACCAUUGAGGAAACGAACAUCCAACAGGUUCCUGGCUUUAACCUUGUGGUUGUCUUACCUCUUAGCAGAUUGGUCUGCAAACUUUGUGAUUGGACUUAUUGCCAAGAAUCAAGGGAAAGACUUAGAGCCAGAUGAUCCUCCUCAAGAUAAGAAGCUCUUGGCUUUGUGGGCACCGUUCUUGCUCUUACAUCUUGGUGGACCAGACACAAUCACUGCAUACUCUCUCGAGGACAAUGCUCUUUGGCACAGACACUUCCUUGGCUUGGCUUUACAGGCUGUUUCUGGUGCCUACGUGGUUAUCCAGUCUCUACCUAAUUCUCUUUGGGUGAUCAUACUGCUUUUGUUCAUUUCUGGGACUUUCAAGUAUCUGGAGAGGACGAUCGCCUUGUAUCUCGCGAGCUCAGACAAGUUCAGGGGUUCAAUGCUUGACGUUCCUGAUACGGAUUCUAAUGAGACCCGCCUCCCGAGAAAGGAAGACGACUUGAUGCCUACUGAAAACUACACGCAGUAUGGUAGACAAAAGAGACCAUUAAGGCUAGAAAACCCCGGUAACUUGACACACCUCGAGAUCCUUCAGUUUGCUUUCUGGUUUUUCAAUAACUUCAAGAGUCUUGUGGUCAAUAACAUCUUUAGCUCUGAGCAACGAGACGAGAGCAGAGAAUUCUUCAAGAAUCUAAAAGACGAAGAAGCUUUGAGGAUCUUGGAGGUGGAGCUCGGUUUUAUCUACGAAGGUUUAUACACAAAAGUCUCGGUUCUUCAUACUUGGAUUGGAGCUUUGACUCGAACCAUAGCAUUGGGAUCUCUUCUGUCAGCAUUUGGCAUCUUUCAUUACAGAACCAAGAAGAGACAUGAGUUUCACGGAGCUGAUAUAGUGAUCACCUACACUUUGUUCUUAGUUGGAAUAGCUCUUGAUCUUGUAUCUCUCCUCAUGAUUCUCCCCUCAGACUGGACAUUUGCUGUCAUCAGUAGGAUAAACGAAGACGAAGUAGACAGCGGCUCAUGGAUAGACCCUGCACUCAAGUGGUUCCUCGGUUUGAAGAAGCUGCACUGGAAGAAGCAAAAAUGCUGCGGAGGAGUCGAACAUGAGGUGCUUAACACGCCGUUUCUAAUCCAAAGAUGGGCAGGAAGCAUGAAGAUGUUUAACUUCAUCACAUACUCUGUGAAAGCAGAUAUAAAAAGGAUACAUGACGUCAAGGGUAGAAAACGUCGGCUUGUGUGGACGACUAUACUUUACCCUUUCAUUUUCAUCACCAACAUCUUCAAGAAGCUGUUCGAGAAGAUCGCCAAUUGGAAUGAUGAUCUUCACCAGUAUAUCAAAGAUGUCAUUGGUCAGUGGUCGGAAGAAAAUUCAGUAGCUCAUUACGUUUUCAUUAUUGUUGAGUUCUGGUUCAUGAUACCUCACUGCUUCACGUUUCUUGGCAACUACAUCACCAACUCCCUCGGCAUCAAUGAUCUGGUAGAUGAGAUCAGUAUGAUAAGAUCUGUACACAGUGAACCAUUGACAAAAGAGCUGUGGGGUUUCAUAUUUGAUCAGCUUAAAUCCAGACUGAAGCGUCGUCCACGCAACGAGAGAAGAAAAACGAAAGCCGGAAGGAAAGGAUGGGAUUCUGGCAACAUUGAAUUAGAUAUGGCGGAUCCAGAACGGUUGAUGCGUUACAUAGCAGAUGUUGAUUUCGACCGGAGCCUUAUGCUGUGGCACAUAGCAACUGAGCUGUGUUACCAAGAAGAAGCACCCACUAUGGCUAACUGUGACAAAGACCGUGAGUUCAGUAAAAUCCUCUCCGACUACAUGAUGUAUCUCUUGAUUAUGCAGCCAAAGCUGAUGUCAGAGGUUGCUGGGAUAGGGAAGAUCAGGUUUAGAGACACGUUAGCCGAAGCUGAAAAGUUCUAUAAGAGGUGGCAUAUUGAGAACUUGAGGGACGUGCAAAGAGCAAGCCGUAAGAUUCUUUCGGUGGGGAUAGAGAUUCAUCCGAGGGAUGUCAAAGGUAACCAAAGCAAAUCUGUGUUGUUUGAGGCUAGGGCACUGGCGAAACAACUCAACAAGAUAAAGAAGCAAAGUGUGGAUGGAGAUGAAGAAAACAUGUGGAGUGUGGUAAGCAAAGUGUGGAUGGAGUUGCUGUUCCACGCAGCGUGCAAUUGUGAUGCUGCAGCGCGUAUGGAGCAGCUUAGCAGAGGAGGAGAGUUACUCGUUUUUGUUUGGCUAGCAUUGGCUCACCUCGGCCUUGGAGGUCAGUUGAGUUCAUCAGCAAACGAGGAAAAUUGAUUUGAGUUGAAACGUAUCCAUCGUUCCUUCUGUUGUUUUGAUUACACAUUGUGCACAAUCUGAAGAAGUAGUCUCACAUCUUUCGUGAGUAAUUUUGCCUGCAAGAAAAAUAUGGAGCACUGAAAGAAAAAUUUCACUUAUUUUUUUUUUGUAGCGACCUUAGUCAGUACUGAGAUGGGCAAACUUAAACACAAAAUCUAGCAUAUAUGCUAAAACUUGAGCCCAUUCAAAAUCUACAUAGAACAUUCAGAACAAACAAACUAAUAAGUAUAACUUUUUUCAAUUAAUGACAAAUCAACAUCAACACCAAUAACAAUGUCUGAUCAUCUCUCACCAAGAAUUUGAAAAAAAGAAAAUGUCAUAGUCUCAUAGAUUAGAAUGAGCAGUAUGAGUGAUCAUUAAAGCGCUGCAAAUUCAAAAUCUUCGACUCAUUUUAUCAAAAGAGCUGCAAAUUCAACAUCUUUAGCUCAUUUUAUCAUUAGCCAAACACUCACUAGAGCUUCAAAGCAACCAGAUUUAUUGAGCCAAUUCCAAAAACGAAAUUGUUGUGAACCAGAGGACUGAUUCAAACUUCAAGCAAACAUAAAAAAAAAAAAAAACAAAACCACACAUAUAAUAAUCGAGUUCGAAUCCAAUUUACCCGUUGUCUCGCCACUCCCAAAUCUUUCCCCUCUCCCCAAUUUUUUUUUUUUUUUGUUUUCUCGUCUUCCGACUGGCUAAGAGGACGAAGAUAGCCGGAAAAAAAAAAAAACAUCUGUUAUAACGGAGCCGUGUACUAACUAAAACGCAGCGUUUCGUUUAAUUGUGAAAAAACAGAGGAUUGGGGAAGAGUACCUUUCGUUUCAAAGCCAACAAGAUUAAUUAGGGUUCUUCUACAUACACACGAUCUCCAAUUAUUCUCAUUCAAGGUUUGGAUUCUUAAUUUUUCGUAAUAUUGGUUUUUCUCAUCUUCAUCUUUAUAUACUGUAAUUGGCUAAAUUUGCGAAAAUAAAACUACUAGAAGUUAAAGAGUGUCUCAGUUUUUCCAAGUUGUCUAUCCUUUUUUUUUUGUUGUUGUUCUUGUUGUGUGUGCGUUUUGCUUCAUCGUUUCCCGUUUGAUGUAUUUCUGGUUAUGUUUUCGAGUGUUGUUGUUAUGCGAGGCAUUUGAAUCAAUGAGUUAAAGGAAGAAAUGUAUUAUGAAUC